GGCGACGAGGUUGGGCCUGCGGUGCCCUGCUGCAAGCCAGGAUUACAGAGACACAAUGGAGCUGGAAAACAUCGUUGCCAAUACCGUCCUGCUGAAGGCGAGGGAAGGAGGGGGUGGAAACCGAAAAGGCAAGAGCAAGAAGUGGAAACAGAUGCUCCAGUUCCCUCACAUAAGCCUGUGUGAGGAGCUCCGCCAAACUAUAGAGAAGGACUACAACAGCCUUUGCGAGAGGCAGCCGAUCGGACGCAUGCUUUUUAGGCAGUUCUGUGAUACCAGGCCGGAGCUGAGGCGCUGCGUCAAGUUCUUGGAUGCUGUGGCAGAGUAUGAAGUAGCUCCAGACGAAAGGAGGAAGGAGUGUGGACAGGAGCUCCUCGACAAGUAUUUAAAUCCAAAGUCAGAAGACCAUGUCCCUGAGGUGCCAGAGGAGAUGGUAUCUAAAUGUGCAGAGCGCUUGGAACAGGAGGCCUGUAAAGAACUUUUCAUGGACUGUACCAAACUGAUCCAUGACUACUUGAGCGUGGCCCCUUUUGCAGACUACCUCGACAGUAUCUACUUCAACCGCUUUCUACAAUGGAAGUGGCUUGAGAGACAGCCAGUUACAAAAAACACAUUCCGUCAGUACAGGGUAUUGGGAAAGGGCGGGUUCGGUGAGGUCUGUGCAUGCCAGGUGCGGGCCACAGGCAAGAUGUACGCCUGCAAGAAGCUGGAGAAAAAGCGGAUCAAAAAGAGAAAAGGCGAGUCUAUGGCCCUAAAUGAGAAACAAAUUCUCGAAAAAGUCAACAGUCGGUUUGUAGUGAGUCUGGCAUAUGCCUACGAGACAAAAGACGCUCUAUGCUUGGUGCUCACGCUCAUGAAUGGGGGAGAUCUGAAGUUCCACAUCUACCACAUGGGCGAGGCUGGGUUUGACGAGAAGAGAGCUGUGUUCUAUGCCGCCGAGAUCUGUUGCGGUUUGGAGGAUCUUCACAGAGAGAGAAUAGUUUAUAGGGAUUUGAAGCCAGAAAACAUACUACUGGAUGAUCAUGGUCACAUUCGCAUAUCAGACUUGGGCCUCGCUGUACAUGUACCGGAGGGCCAGACAAUUAAAGGCCGUGUAGGCACGGUGGGGUACAUGGCCCCCGAGGUGGUAAAGAACGAGCGGUACACGUUUAGCCCGGACUGGUGGGCUCUUGGCUGCCUGUUAUACGAGAUGAUCGAGGGCCAGUCGCCCUUUCAGCAGCGCAAGAAGAAAAUCAAGCGCGAGGAGGUGGAGCGGCUUGUUAAAGAAGUGCUGGAGGAGUACUCCAACAAGUUCUCUGAGGAUGCCAAGUCUCUGUGCAAAAUGCUUCUGGCCAAAGACCCCAACGAGAGACUUGGUUGUCAGGGAGGAGCCUCGGAGGUAAAAGCCCACCCACUGUUACGCUCCAUUAAUUUCAAACGACUGGAGGCUGGCAUGUUGGAAGCCCCUUUCAUUCCUGAUCCUCAGGCAAUCUACUGUAAGGAUGUGCUGGACAUCGAGCAGUUUUCCACUGUAAAAGGGGUUGAGCUGGAGCCUAAAGACGACUCCUUCUACAGCAAAGUGUCAACAGGCAGCGUUUCCAUCCCCUGGCAAAAUGAAAUGAUUGAGUCAGAGUGUUUUAAAGAACUGAAUGUUUUGAAUUUGGACGGCUCGGUGCCUCCAGACCUGGACUGGAGAGGGCAGCCAUCACCGCCACCCAAACAGGGCUUGAUGCAGAGACUUUUUGGGAGACAGGACUGCUGUGGAAACUGCAGCGACAGUGACGAAGAGCCUACGCGGCUCUGAGGGUGGAGCUUGUUCCAGGUCCCUCCCCCUGACACCGGAGGAUCUCAUUUUGUUUACAACUUUUGCACAUUUGUAUUUUUAGGAUAGCUCUAUAUAAACAUUGGAAUGUAUAUUUUCACUAUAUAGCCAUGCGGUGUAUGUUAUUUAAAGUCGAAAAAUCGACUUCAUCAUUCACUGUGUAUUGCAGAGACACAUCCGUAGAUUCUAAAGGCUGAAUGAUCCAAACUGUCCCGUCUGUUUAAUCAGCCUCGGCGAGCGUCCUUGCGCCUUUUCUUCUUCUUUUUUACGUUUCUUUUUUUGUUGGUUUGUUUGUUUCUUUUUCUUCAACUAAUUCACAUGUACAGUGUGCGCACAGACAUAUUUCAAAUAAGUGUGAAGGAAGGAAGUUAUGUUCACAGAUAUUUUUAUAUUUAUAUGUUUGUUGCUUUUCUUAUGGUAAUCUUGACAAUCAAACGAUACCAUUUGUACAAAACUUUUAACAGUGUGCAUGUGGAGGUCUAGAACACAAAGACAUGAAGUUUAGUGACUGAAACAUACUGAUGGAUUUUUUUUGUGUGUGUUUAGCUGUAUGAAUGAACAUUUCAAGCUGAAGUCACAAAUUUAUUGUAGGGAUAAUUAGCUAGAGACACCUAAUAUACCAAAUAGGCGAGAUUUCGAAUACACACUGUAUGUACAGGUUAACAGCUGGAGCCACUUGUGUUAUGUUGUAAAUACGCGACACUCAUCUGUAAAGUCCCGAGUGUGUCUUCCGGCUAAUUUCUCUUUGGAUAUUUGAGGAAUAACCAUAAUUAAUAUUCUAGAUGAUUCAUAUGUGCAUGGUAGUUCUAUGCAUAAAUCUUAUUGCAUUUAUAAUGCAUUUAUCAUAU